ACCCAGCUGCAAUUCUCCCUUCUUUCUAGUACAGCCGACAAACAUUUGUUUACAUGGAAACGACUAUGGCAUUGCAGUUGCAAAUUCUUCAAUUCCUACGUUGCGUACCCUCCCCAUCUCUACCAUUACCCACCAAUCGCCGCAGCCGUCUCCGCCACGAUGGCCUAAACCAACCCAAUAUUGUCAUGCCCAUAAGAGAUCUGACCCUCCGACGAUUCACCACAGCUCCAUAUCAAUUCAGAUUCAAUAUCCAAAAGCCCUUUUGUGAUACCCACAAUUUCACCGUAAUUAACAGCAAUACGAUGGCCGAUAAGAAGGAUAAUCAAGAGGUAACUAUUGAAAGCAAAGGCAAGGUGGAGAAGGGAUUAGAAAACUCAAAGUCAAAGUCAAAUAUUCCGCCGCCGCCGGAGAAGCCUUUGCCGGGGGACUGUUGCGGCAGCGGAUGCGUAAGGUGUGUGUGGGACGUCUAUUACGAGGAGCUCGAUGAAUAUAACAAGCUUUACAACACCAAUUCUAAGCCUUGAUGAAUCCAAUCUAUUGAUUGGUAUGUGCAAAUUAUUUGUGAUUUGAAAUUCUUUGUGAUUUGAUGUAUUGGUAUAAUGGAUUAGCUUAUUUAUCAACUGAAAUGAAAAUUGGUCUUGAAUCUGAGGUAAUAGAAAUGAGAUUUUUGGGGGAUGAUUAUAUGUAAUUAUGGUGGUUCUAUUCAAGUGGCAAAAGUAGAUUAUGACUUAUGAACCUGUUUGAUGUAGUUUUCUUGCGAAUAAAUUUUGUGAAAAGUGAUAUUUA